AGGAGGAGGGCUGCGGGGCGCGGCUGGGGCGCACGAGCUCUGCGCACCCCCUCCAGGCACGCCCGGCCGGGCUGGUUAUGAAGGAAGAAUGGAGUUCCCAGACCAUAGCCGGCAGUUGCUGCAGUGUCUGAGUCAGCAGCGUCACCAAGGCUUCCUGUGUGACUGUACUGUUUUAGUUGGAGACACUCAGUUCCGAGCCCACAGAGCCGUUCUCGCCUCCUGCAGCAUGUACUUCCAUCUUUUCUACAGGGACCAGCUAGACAAAAGGGACAUUGUGCAUUUGAACAGUGACAUUGUCACCGCCCCGGCCUUCGGCUUGCUGCUCGAAUUCAUGUACGAAGGCAAGCUGGAGUUCAGCAGCCUCCCAGUGGAAGAUGUGCUGGCCGCCGCCAGCUACCUCCACAUGUACGACAUUGUGAAAGUCUGCAAGGGCAAGCUCAAAGAUAAGGAAUCGUGCGGGGAGGAGAAGACGAACGGGGCCCCUUUGGAAAAGGACGAGCGGACGAACGGCGGCGUUCCCCCGGGGCAUGAGAUCGACCUGGGAAGCAAACAGAAAUGGGCGGCUGCGGAAUAUGAAAGACCCUCCGGGAAAGAAAAGGGCAGCGGUUACUCGGGCUGGUCCUCUGAUCUUGUAAGUAUCAACUCUGUGUUGACCGAGGCAGAAUUGGACACCGUGGCAGCUGAAACAACAAAAGCGAAUGUCGGUACUUUGGGAGGACCUUUGUCCCAAAGGUCUCUUAACCACCCCUUGGCUUCAAGUGAUGCAGAGUGUGCUUUAGAUUUGUCUUUCAAGCCUCUGGCUGGGAGAGAUUCCUUACCCCCCUCCUACGUCUUUGGACAGCUGGCUCCCGAUAGCCAGCAGCAGGGUAGCGAGCCUCUUGUUAAAGACGAACAAGAGCCUCUGUCGGAUGAGGACGACGGUGAGGCAGGGAGCCCAGAGAGCCAGCAUUUUGGGAAUGCUGCCAAGGCUCUGGUGACGGGGCUCGGAAAUGUAUUUGCAGCGAACGGGAAUUCUCACGUGCAGGAAGAAGACCUCGAUCAAGAACGGGAGGUGAGCGAGGACGACAUGGAUUCCUCCGACAUCUUAUCACCGGGCGUCUUGGUCCCUCCUGGCCACAUCUGCAUCUGUCCCCUCUGUAGCAAAGUCUUCCCCAGUCCACACAUCCUACAGCUCCACCUCAGCUCUCACUUCCGCGAUAAAGACGGGUCGAGAACCCGGCUGUCUCCGGAUGGUUCCGUACCCACGUGUACCCUCUGUGGCAAGACUUUUUCCUGCAUGUACACCUUGAAAAGGCACGAGAGGACUCACUCGGGCGAGAAGCCAUACACUUGUGGCCAGUGUGGGAAGAGCUUCCAGUACUCCCACAACCUCAGCCGUCACGCGGUGGUGCACACGAGAGAGAAGCCGCACGGCUGCAAAUGGUGCGAGAGACGAUUUACCCAAUCUGGCGACUUGUACAGACAUAUCCGUAAAUUUCAUUGUGGCCUUGUUAAGUCACUGGUGGUUUGAGAUAAAUUGUGUUAGGUAGGGGGAAAAAAACCCAACAAGCCCAAGAUGGUAUCAGCUCUCUCUCUUGCUGAGAAUAAUUCUCUUCAGGCAUGUGAUAUUCAGGAGAGGAAAUGUAGGUCUACAUUUCAUGGAGGAAGGCAUCCUUAGCGCUUCUCCUUCCCUUCUCCGCCAUAAGCCUCCACCUACCUAUAAUGUUUUGUUUAUCUCUGUGUGAUCGGAAGGAUGACUCUUGAUUUACAAGUAACUUUAAUUGAGAGUUCUGGGCAAGCGGACUUAAUCCCAUUGAUUGGCUUAAUUUGUGUAUCGCUCGGGUGGCUCUAAAACUAAGGGUGUUUUGUGCACUGCUGGUUUGGCCGUGCUUUCUUGCCAAGCUGGACGUGGGCGAAGAAGUCCCCUGAGAAAGGGGGAGGGAAUGUGGUCCUGCGGUUAUACCCCAAGUGGGACACGGCCCAGCAAGCCACCCCCCCCCGGUACUGUUUACAUUUCCAUUGCAAGUUCCUCUGAUUUGAGCUUGUGUCCUCUCCUGCUGUGGAGAGCUCUUACUAAUUUUGACCGUCUGUAUUUUGAGCGCGUUCCAGACAAGUAGAAUUUCAAAGGUGGACGAGGCGGGGGCGGGGGGAGAAUCUCUAGGACAAAUUUUAUGGUAUUUAUUACCUGUGUAUUUGAACCGAAAUCCGAGUUCCCUAUGCCUUGAGGGGGAGCAUCUAUGCAAUAACCAGGAAAAGGCUUGAAAUUAAUACGGGCCAGUAUGGAAUCUCCCUUAGUCGUUUUCAUCUGACGGCAAAACGUCUUGUGUCUUAUGAAAUUGUUCCGGCUCAAGUUCCUCUUCCACUCUUCUUGAUUAAUUUUAGCCUUUAAUGAAAUUUGCUUUCCCACCUCACCUAGCAGUUUUUGCUGAAAUACUCCCCACCUCCACCUGUGAAUUGUUUUAAGUUCACAGCACCCUCCCUGCCAGGCAUCCUUCCCCCCCCCCAAGUGUAAACUUGGUCCUAUGUGUGUCAAAUCCUGCAUGGGGUAAGGCCCCAAUCCUGCGAACAACCAACAAGGAAAAGGAGACACACAAAUCUCAUGAGAGGCCCCUCUUUUGGUAGGCCUUAAUUAAUGUUGAAGGUAGCCUGAGUGGGGAAAGGGUGUGUAAUGAAAUAAAAGCAUCCUAAACUGAUGCGACAUCGGGGUGUGGAAAGAGAGAAUCCAUCCCGUCCCCCACUUAAUAUAUUAUUACUUCUCUGUGCUUUUUGGCUAGUAAAUUCCUACUGGGAAUAAGAUCAGCUCUUAAGAAUUUGAACCUGUUCUGUCCACUAGGUAUGAUUGACGGCUGCAAGAUGCCUGUCCUCUUAUCUUCUGCUUCUGCCCUCCCCGAUAUGCAUAACAGGUAUAGGGGGAGAGAGAAGAGAGCUUCACAGCCAAGCUGGGGGGAGACCAGUGAGUUCUACUCCAUUGGCAGCUUGGCGUAGUUGUGUGGCUCUGCCUUGGCGAGGGCACUCUUCAAAGCUCUGUUGAUGCCUGUUUGUGAAUUUUGUCCAUGUCCGGAUGUAUCCAACCAUCUGUGGGCGUUGUGGAGCUUUCUUGCUUCUCUCUUCCACUGCAGUCUGAUUUUUUUCUAGAGUGUGUGUGUUGUUUUUAUAUCCUCAAGAACAGCAUUGGAGAGAAACUGGUGUGGGGGGUAUGCAGUGGAAGGGGCUAUUGCUGGAAAGCACUGCCUCUUCGGAAGAUCUGUCAUUAAGAAUUUGGAGCUGUGUGGCCGUAUCUACAGCAUCUUGCGUGGGUGCAGCAACAGUUCCCUCGUCCUUCCCGUACCGCUGCAGAACUCAGACCUUGCCGGUCGUAUGUAGUAGGGUGUCUUGUUGAUACUAUUGAUAAGUGCCUCUUUUGGGGUGCCAGCUUCCGAAUCUACAGCCAUUAUCUUCUGGCCAGUUGGCAACCCUAAUUGGGAUCCCCCUUUGCCGGUGAAAAUUCAGCAGUGGAAAUGUUCUCCCCCUGCUCUUUAAUGUUCCAGCAGACCUAUAAGCAGAUGUGUGUCCAUGCGCUUAUCCAUAUAGAUUUUUACACUAAACCUGCUCCUUCUAUUUCACACCCUUUUUUGUUCAUCACAGCUUGGGUUGGAUCUCUGGGAGGCGGCAGCUGCUACAGGAAUUAGGGCAUUAAUAGGAGAGUAUUACCUUUUCUGCUUUUCCUUGGACUAUCACUGAAGAAUCCAGCAUUUCUCGAUAUUUAGGGGAAUGCCCGAUGGCCGUAACAGAGAGUGGAAGUAGGCCUGGAUAAGGUGGAGGGAAUGGGGUCUUGGUGAGCAAAUGGCGGUAUCAGGCAUCAAAAUGCUACCCAAAAUUUCCUUAACAGUGGAUAAAUCUUUAUAAAAAUCAGGCGGUUAAAAGAACAGCUUUAACCUUUCAAACUAUUAGAACGCCUGUUACGUUCCCAAAGCUGGUUUCUGGUCAUGUGUGGCACAGUCCCUAAACACUGGAGAUGGUGUAUGUUGAAAUAAGGGGUAUUGCUGCGCUAAAGGUUAAAUCUUCCAGUAGCCUUGUUCUGGUAUAUAGUUUUGUUUCCUAAUUUUAUUUUGUUCUUGUUCAUGGUUUGUUGAUAUUUAACUGUUCAUCUCCAUAGGUCAAGUUUAGCAGAGAUCUACUGACUGGUAAACGGCUGAUGGCCUUAUUUUGUAGAAGGUGGUCAAACUUGGCAAUGUACGUGGUUUACUCCAGGCAAGCAAAACUUUGAAAAGUUGGUGUGUGUGUAUUUGUGAUUUUUGUUGUUUUGGUUUCGGAGAGAAAUCAGAGUUCUGUACAGUUAGGAAAAAAGAUUAGGGUGUUAAUUCACAUAUUUCUGAUACUCGUUCUAGAAAGUUUCAUUAAAUAUCGGAUUAUGCCUUCUGGUGAAAUCCCUUUCAAAGUAUAUUUUUGUGUAUGUGAAACCUCUAGAGAAAAAUUGUGCUUGAAUGUAGUUUUAUGAGACUGCUGAUGAGCAGGGCUGGAGGAUUACUAAAUUUAUUGACUUCUCUUUGGUUUUUUUGUUUGACUGAUGUGGAAGCACUGGAAAGACUUGUCCUAAAGGACUAGUUAUUAUCUUGCAGGGGGGAAAUAUUGUCCAGCAUUUCGCUUCAACUACUUUUUAGAAAGGAGACAUGCGACACCGUGAGGGCAGCCGAAACCUUGCUUUGUAUUUACUGCAACAGUUCCCAUUACUGAAGAGGCAAGCCACUGUUUAAAUAGAGACUAGCCUCUUCAGCUGUUUGUACUCGAGGCAUCAAAAGUGGUAAGAAAAGCUAUAGCUGUGUGAUCCCUCCCCAACCCCCUGUGCACAAGUAUACCUUCCUUGAACCCCUCCCAAUAUGUUUAGAAAGCACUGCUAUGAAGGAGCAAUACUGAUUUUUUUUUUUAAUGUAGCAACAAUGUGGGACGCUGAUGUGUGAGUUGGGGAGAAUUAUGGCUUUUUGUUCAAAGGAGAACUGAUCUGUCGUGAGCUCUUCUUUUCGUUCCUCUCUUAAAUGACAAAUGCACAUGUAAUGUGAAAAUUUUACUUCUAUUUAUAGUAUGUUUGUAAUCAAACUCAUUUUGUUACUGUACAAAUACUCUUGCUAACACAUGGGAGGCAUGCGCGAGCACUCGGUGGCCUGCAAGAUGUGACUUUUGGUACUGUGGUCUUACUCUGCAUUUUAUUUUCUUCCUUCAGAUUGGUAAUAGCACUGAACAAAGCCUUCAAAAAUUAAGUUAUUUCCUUUUUUCUGUUAAAAAAAAAUUAAGUUAUAUAAUUUUUUUUCUCCUGAUGAUACUUGAUAUAGUAUUUAUUAGAUUUUUUUUUAAAGCAGAGCAAUUACUUUGGAGUGGUUUCAGAAUAACAAGCUUGAAAUCUGUGUAAUUUUAAUUGUUUGUUUCUUUUGUAUGUGAACAUGCGACACAGUAAGGAUAAUGCAUAGAAGGGUGUCCCCCCUCCCUUGUGCUAAUGGGGGCAGGAACUCCCAAGAAUGGCCUUGCAUGCCUGGAACAGUUUCUGUUUGUUCCAACAGAGAAAGAAGGUCUCUCCUGUAGAUCUGCACCUUCUAUUGAAAAAAAUGGGAUCGCAUACACAAGGGCUUAUGGGUUGGAUCUGAGCUUCUCCGAAUGGAGGGAGUGUGCCGAAAUGUCUCUUCCCUGUCCUCCUCCUGCCCACCAUAAAUCUGCUCUGGAGGGUUGUGAGGACCCUCAACAACAGUGUGCCAUGUGAGUUGGGUGCUGCACCCAGGGAGGAAAAGCAGCUGAAUUCCUCUCUCUGCUCUUGUGCAAACUCUCUUGCUCUUUUUGUGUUUAUAAGGAAGUGAGGGGAGAGGGCUGUUUUAUCCCAUUUCUCUUUUCUGCUGUAGCAGAAUCCAUGUGCCGUGCGGUGUAUUGAUCCCACAGAUCAUAGAAACCUUGAAAACUGCUUUAAAGGGGACACUGGGGCAGCAGGGGAGGAAUGCUGGUGGUAAGAGAUGGGGAGGAAAGACCCCCCUUUCAAGCAUUCCCUUCCUUUUGCAGGAGUUCGGAUCCAACCCUUAGUAUGUCUGAACAUGCCCUCUAGAUCUUUGGACUGGGGAGUUUUUUGUUUCUUUUUUUUAACUCACAGCAGAAUUUGGAAGAGGGUAAAAGUGCCAUAAGAUUCCAUCAGAGGGGGUGUUUUUUUAAAGGUGUGAAAAUAGAGAGUUGAAACAAGUGCUCAUCCGAGUUUUGUCUAGAAGUUACCCUUUAGUAUGAGGCAUGCUCGGGGCUGCAGUGAAAAAGUGGCAAACGUCUAGUGUGAAUCGUUGCCUUUGUUCUUUUUGCCCUUUCUGCGUUGCCUUUUCUUUUUUUUUCAAAAAAAAGAAGUUUGCACUUUUAUUUUUAAUAUAACUUUUAUUUGGUCUUUGGGAAUUUUUAAAAUGUUGCAAUCGUUCUGAGCAUGUUUUUUAAACAGGUUCCUUCUUCUGCGAACAGUUAUUUAAAACAAUUGCACAUUUAGGCUUGCUGGCAGUUUUCGUCGCCAACGGAGUAUAAACACACUUGGAAUCCUUUUGGCUCCCUUUUGGUUUUGAUUUCAUUGGAGUCAAGAUUUUACCUUAAUACUGUUUUACUUAAACACUGGAAUUGUCUUCUACUUCAAACUGAUACUGUGAAGUUAAUGUUUUGCAAAAAAGAGAGAGCAAAAUCAUCAGUUAUUUUUAAUUGCUUUUAAUCUUGGUGCAGUUCAGAUUUAAAUAUGUAUAUUUAAAAGACACUAAUUUUUUGCGGAGAGUUUUUAUAGUAUACAGUAUGUAGAAAAGCUAUUGGAAUGGACUAUAUUUUAUAAAAAAAUAAGAAAUGUUCUUUCACUGUUUUAUAGUGAACUAUUCCCCAAACCGAGCCCCCUCACUGUUAGUUCUAUGCUGUGUUUAGCCUAGGUUCGACAAUCGCAUUAAAAGAAGGACUUCAGACAAGUUCCCCUAGCAUUUAGUUUGUGUGGAGUGUUCUGUUUGUAGGGUUUUUUUUUUCAAUUGCAUAUUGGUAUGUGCUGUUUAAAAAAGGAAAAAAGAAACGGUGACAAUCGUGAUUAGAACCACUGUCUUUAAAUAAAACAUGUUAGAGU